AUGACUUUUCAGACCCUUCUUGAAGUUUACUAUGAUGAAAAGCCUGGUUUGUACAACCAUUUCCAAGCUGGUAUUAAAGUUAAUUUUUGGAAAUAUGAUUUUGACUGGCCUAGAAGACAUGAUGCCAACUUGAAAAACUAUCAACAAAGUAGCAGUAUUUUAAAUCACAUUUUAACACCAUAUUAUUUGUUAUUAUCUUUUAUUGCUUCACAAAGGUAUAAUCGACUGGCUGAUGCUUGUGAAAGUAGGUUUAUUACAACUUAAUUAACGUGUCUAGUUAAAUGUUACUGUAUAUACUAUUUACUUUAAAGUAGAGCUACCUUCAGUAUUGCAAACGUAAAGGUAGAUUUCUAAAGUAACGUCGCUUUUCAGAUUUAAUAAAGACAUCUAUAGUUGCUGAUAUAGAACGUCAAAAUUACGAUGUCUUCUUCAACGAACAACUUACUCUAUGUGGCUUUGGAAUUGGUCAUUUUGCUGAAAUUAAAAUUAAUGUUUGGGUAUCAAGGUAAGCCUUAACCGUAGUCCAAAGUUACAGCCCAGAGCCAUAGCUCAGUAGCCAAGAGCCCUAGCUUAGAACUCUAGCUCAGAGCUCUGUCUCAAAGCCCUAGCCCAGAGCGCUGACCCAGAACUCUAGCUCCAAGCCCUAUUUCAGAGAGCCCUAGUCUUAGCCUUAGCCAAAAGCUUUAGCCAACAGCCUUAACCCAGAGCCCUAUUCUAGAGCCCUAGCUUUGAGCACUAGCCCAAGCCCUUGCCAAGAGUCCUUGCCCAGAGCCCUAUCCCAGAGCCCUAGCCCAGAGCCCUAGUACAAAGUCCUAGUCCAGGGUCCUAGUACAGAGUCCUAUCCCAAAACUUUAUGCUAUAGAGUCCCAGCCAAGAGAGCCCUAGCCUUGACCCUCACUUAAGACCUGGUCUUAGCAUCAGCGCUAGCUCUAACUUUGACACUUCUCAGCUUUGUCAUAGCUUUGCUCUAGUACUAGCCUAAGCCUAAACCCAGUAACUAUUUCUAGUUUUAGACAUCGAUUCUUGAACUUACAUAGCAAAGCAGGUAAAUUUUAAAAAAAUCGAUUUUAGCUGCCCACUAAACUCAGCUAUGUCAUCAAUACUAGGUUUGCCAUCGGCAGCUUCUUGGUUGCCAGCAACUUUUGACAAUCUAAAUACGAACGAUAUUAUGAGUUUUACUGAUCGCUACUAUAACAUGUUGUCAGGAUUCAUCACUAUUCGAGGAUUUCAACAGCUAGUUGAGGCAGAAUCAGAAGUUUUUAGGGUAAAAUACGGUCAUCAAGAAGAUCAAUUUUAUGCGAAAAGAUUAAUGCAUUUCGAUUUAUCUAAAAUAGCUUCAGAAUCAUCCUUGAUUUUUGUAAAUUCAGUCGAUUUCUUGGAUUUUCCACGACCAAUAACUAGUCGGAUUGUUAAUAUUGGUGGAAUUAUGACGGAUAAUGUUGAUGAUAAGAAUAAUAUUGGACUUAUACACAAUCCUGAGCUUAAUACUGUCUUGGAAAAGCAUGCAAAAGUGAUUUAUAUGAGUAUGGGCACAAUGGGUAAUCUACAAAAUAAUGUUUUACAGAAGCUUUUAAAGGCUUUUUCAAUGUUUGAAGAGUAUUUCUUUAUCGUUAGGCUUGGUAGUGAUAGUGAAGUAAGUAAAUGUUUUAACAAAAAAUUUAAACAAUGUUAUAUUACAAAAAAAGUUACUAUCAGGAGUAGAGAUAGAAUAAAGUAAAGUUAUGGUACGGCCGAAGAAUUUACAGUAAGCCUGAGAUAUACCGCAGGUAAAGCCAAAGUAUCUAAUUCUGUGGCAGAACAAAGCUACACUAGAAUAAGCUAAAGAAUGUCUAUUGUAAAGGCUAGAGUACGCCUAGUGUAAAGGCUAUGAAAAGUAAGACUGGGUAGGAUUACAGUGUAACUGUAGGGAGAGUGUAUGUCUAGGAAAAAGAUUAAAGUAAGGCUAGAGUAAAGACUGCGGUAUGCCUAAGAAACGACUAGGAUACGCCUCAAAAGAAACUAGAGUAGAGUUAGAGUAGGGCUAGGCUAGAGCCAAGCUAAUGCUGAAGUAGGGUUAGGUUAAGGGCUAGAAUAGGGCUAUGGUAAGACUAGUAUAGGGCAGGGGUAGUGCUAGAGUAAAACUAGAGAAGGGCUAAUGUACAGCUAGUGUAGGGCUAAGCAAGGCUAGGGUAAAACUAGGUUAGGAGGAAAAGUUACAGUAAACUUUCACAAGUAAUUUUCUAAACACUUUGUUUACAGAUAGUACCAACAAACCCGAACUACAACAAUAUCUACUUUGUUGAAUGGGUAGUUCAACACAAGUUACUCUGUAAGCUCUCACCGCAAACUUUAAAACUGAUGCUGAAAAGAAUAUAAAAAACAAUCAAUUUCAACUUAUUUUAGGUAACAAAAACGUAAAACUCUUUAUCACUCACGGCGGCUACAACAGCAUUUUAGAAGCUGUUGAUUGUGCUGUGCCAUUAGUAGUGAUACCACUGUUUGGAGACCAAAUGUUUAAUGGAAAGUUGGUCGAAAAGCAAGGAUUUGGAAAAGUUAUAUCUCAAAACGCUAUAUUUGCCAAUCCAAUGAUCAUAAAAGAUGUUAUACAUGAAGUCCUAGACAAUGAAAAGUAAGUCUAGUAGAGUAGGGUGGGGCAAGACCGGGUAUGAUAGAGUAGGGAAAAGUAGCGUAAGGUACAGUAUUAUAGGGCAAGAUAGGGUAAGGUAGAGUGGAGUAAGAAAGGAUAGAGUCUUCUAAACCCUAAAUCCAAAAAUUUUUGCGGAGUUACCUAAUAUUUGAGUAUAUUGACAUAGCCUUAGAGAAAUUGCAAGAAACCGUGUUACGCAACGUUUUCUUAUAUAAUAUUGAUGAUUUUUGUAAUAUCUGCUUCGAUUGUUUAGCUUUACUGAUAACGUCAAAAGAAUGCAAAAACUCUUAAAGAAACGACCAUUUUCGGGCACACAAACGCUUCAGCAGUAUGUGCGACUUUUAGAAGCUGGUGA